AUGUCUCACAUCCACCUUAAUACAGAGAAUGAUCAUGGAAAGGAGUAUACUAGUACUAUUAAUACAUAAGUAGUCCUCAACAUCACACAGCUCCUAAAGCAUAUCUCACCAAAAUCACAAUCAAAACCAAACUCACCAAGAAAAUAAAAAAAAUGGGAGACCAACCACAAGAGAUUCAGCAACCUCUUCUAGUGUAUCCAUCUACUUCUUCUUCUUCUUCAUCUUCUUCCUCGCCUUCAUCCACCGGUUCAAGUGGCUCGUUUGGUACAGCAUUCAUCGUUCUAGCCGCAAUCCUUGUCUUGGCAGCAAUGGCUUGUGUGUUUGGAAGACUAUGCAACCGCGGUGGAAAGCAACACAAAGACAAAAACAACAACAAAACUUCCAAGCAUGAGAAACCGUCGUCAAAGAAGAGCCGUGAGAUCAGACCUGUGGAGCGUGAGCCAAGAGAAAGAGGUGAUGUGGAGUUUGGGUUCGAUAUGAAGCGGCCUGGUCCUAUGAGCAAACCCACUGGUCGAAACGGAGGAGACAUAGAAUUUGGGUUUGAUAACAAGAGAGGAGGAGGAGGUGGAGGAGGAGGAGGAGGAAAAGGAGGGAAAAGACCACCUCCGGUUAUAUAUUAACCAUGUGUAAGGCCACCGCAGACACGGAGGUUUCGACUUCAAGCUCCGGCAAAUGGCCAUUAUGGAGCAAAACUAAAUGUAGCUAGCAAGAAAAGUAUCUCACACAAAAAAA